AUGUCACUGUUCCGAAAGCGUCUGCUAAUGUUCGCUUUCGAAUCGAUCAGAAUUGCGGCGGCAAUUGUUGGUUCCAAAAGACGCAGAUGGGUGGGCGUGCCGACGACGUCAACCUCACAAAGCGCAGUUUUGAGUACGACUAAGAGCACCACCACUUCAAAUCGGAAGUCCGCUGAAAUCUGUAAAAGUCCAGCAAUCGUUGCCUUAGUAGACGCGCCCACCGACGUGCUGGAGCCGCGCACACGUACGUCGACGAUGACGAUCACGCCUGCCGAGCGUCUUUCACCAGCUUCGAAUGCCGUGGCUGCUAGAGUUGGCAUUCGAAUUGCGGCCGCAUUUGUCCGGCACAACAGAGGCAAACGGUUGGGCGCGCGUUGUCUUCAUCGAUGGCACUCACGAGCCGAGUCACUCCCCAUCCAACCUUCGGCUGAACCAUCCGCCAUUACUAUUAAAGAUGUCUCGUCAGGACCAGUUCAUGAUGUCUGUUGCUUCUCACAAAAUGGAAUUGCCAUCAUAGCAGGAAGAACACAUAUAUUUCUUGUGACUCUCUCUCUCUCUCCCUCUCUCUCUCUCUGUGUUCCACUCUCACUUACUCUCUCUCUCUCUCUCUCUCUCAUUCCGCUUCUUUCUCUCUACUUCUAUCUCUACUUUCCUAGUCUCCCCGCCUCUUUACUUCUUUCACUCUCUAUACUACUUUUCUCUCUCUCUCUCCACUUCUUUCUCUCUCUACUUCUUUCAUUCUAUCUAAUUCUUUUCUCUCACUCUCCCCACUUCUUUCACUCUCUCUACAUCUUUUUUCUCUUUCUCUCCACUUCUUUCUCUCUCUCUACUUCUUUCACUCUCUAUACUUCUUAUCUCUUUCUCUUCCCACUUCUUUCUCUCUCUCUCUCUCUCUACCUCUUUCACUCUCUAUACUUCUUUUUUCUCUUUCUCGCCCCACUCCUUUCUCUCUCCCCACUUCUUUCUCUCUCUCUCUACUUCUUUCUCUCUCUCUACUUCUUUCACUCUCUUUAA